CGAGAACCUUUUUUAGAUAUGACUGUUUGGUUGUAGUUGAUUAAUUCCCAGAUGAAAAUGGAAAAAAGAAUUGCAUUGGAGAUCGGUAACUUGGACAAAUCAGAGGUUACAUACUUGAAUUUGGAUCACUGCAAGUCUUCUACGCUAUGCGGCUUAACAAAAGAUUACAUCGGGCUGGAAAGUCUCAGUUUAAUUAAUAUUGGUCUCACUACUUUGGAAGGAUUUCCACCGCUGCAGAAACUUCGUAAACUUGAACUUGCAGACAAUUUUCUCUCUGGUGGUUUUGAAGUGCUAGAAUCUUGUCCUAAUCUGCAGAAAAUUAAUUUGAGUGGCAAUAAAAUCAAAGAUGUCGAGUGUCUUAGACCACUGAGCAAACUUGCAAGCCUGGUGUCUCUGGAUUUGUUCAGCAAUGAGAUCACUUCCUCCGAAGCUUUUCCAGACAACGUGAAGAAGGUUCUCCCAAAUGUGCAAUCCUUCUGCGAAGACGAGCUAGAAGGUCUCUCAAGUGGCGAGGAAGAAGAAGAUGGAGGAGAAGAAGGAGGUGAAGACGAGUAUGAGGAUGAGGGCGAUGGCGGCAGUGGCGAAGAAGAGGAUGACGAAGAAGAAGGAGAUGAGGAUGACGAGAUACAGCCCCUGACGGCCAAUGGAGCCCAGUACGCAGAGGGAGGAAAGAGUGGACCUUCUACAAAUGGAGUGCCUGGCGACGACAACUCCGAUGAUGAUGGCGAAUUCGAUGACGAGGUUGGCGAAGACGAGGAGGAUGCAAGUGAUUUUGAUGAUGACGAUGACCUCGACGAUGAAGAUGACGAUGAUGGCGAAGAGGCUAACGAGGGACCUGGUCUGGAGUAUUUGUACAAGAAAGAUCUAAACGAUGAGGAUGAUGAUAUUGAGUACAGGGCGUCUUCCAGGAAGCUAGCAAAUGGGAGCAAAGAGGGAAUCGAUGACUCAGAUGUUGGACCCACUGCUGCCAAACAGAAGAAAGUAGAGCGAGUAAGGACCACUCACGCCUCAGAGGAAGAUGAAGAUGACGAAGAAAACAACAUAGAACCACAGGAUGCUACGUGAUUCGUGUUCUCAGAUGAGACGUGCAAAAUAUUCCCCGAUGGACCUUGCUCGGUUAAAAUCCGAAUAGAAUUACAACUCCAACUGCAUAUUAUAGUCUGGUUUGGCCUUUCCUCGGCAUAAAACUAGUUUUUAUGACUUCUGUGAAACUUUUAGAAUCUUCUAAAUUUUAUUUCUCAUUUCAAAAUGACGAUUCAAAGUGUUUUGUUUAUCCGUGCAGUUUUUUGGUUUGAUCCGUUUUAAAGGUAUUUUUGUUGUUGUGAGUAAGUUUCAGUCCUCCUGAUUGAGUUUUCAGGUCUAUUCUUUGUAUUUAUUAAAUUGCUAAUGUGAUUUAUUCAGCAAUCUUUGUAUUAAUCGUUCUCUCGGUAUAAUUUACAACUGCUCAUUUUAAUCAUGCCGUGUUAUUUUUCUUAGAAUUUACUAUUUUUUAUUGAA